AUGGACCAUGGGAACUGGAGCCAGGUGACAGAGUUCAUCUUGGGCUUUCCUUCCUCAGGGGGUCCAGGCUUUUACCUCUUCAUCUUGUUCCUUCUCAUCUAUCCCACCACCAUCCUGGGAAACCUGCUGAUAAUCCUGGUGGUGUGCCUGGACUCCCGGCUCCACACCCCCAUGUACCACUUUGUCAACGCCCUCUCCUUACUGGAGCUCGGCUACGCCGCUGCCACCAUCCCCAAGAUGCUGCCGAACCUGCUCAGCGAGGAGAAGACCAUUUCUUUCUCUGGAUGCCUCCUGCAAAUCUAUUUCUUUCACUCCCUUGGGGCUAUUGAGUGCUAUCUCCUCACAGCUAUGGCUUCUGACAGGUACUUAGCCAUCUGCCGGCCCCUCCACUAUCCCACCCUCAUGACCUCAGAACUCUGCAAGAUUGCUGUUGGGUGUUGGUUGGGAGGCCUGGCUGGGCCGGUGACUGAAAUUUCCUUAGCGUCUGGUCUCCCUUUAUGUGGCCCCAAUCGCAUUCAGCACAUCUUUUGUGAUUUCCCUCCUGUACUGAGCUUGGCUUGUACUGACACAUCUAUCAAUGUCCUGGUGGACUUUGUUAUCAAUUCCUGCAAGAUCCUGGCCACCUUCCUGUUGAUCCUCAGCUCCUACGUCCAGAUCAUCCGCACCGUGCUCAGGAUCCCUUCAGUUGCAGGCAAGAAGAAGGCCUUCUCCGCCUGUGCCUCCCACCUGACCGUGGUUCUCAUCUUCUCUGGGAGCAUUCUCUUCACGUAUGUGCGGCCGAAGAAGGACUCGCUGGACUGUGACCGUGCCCUGGCCGUGAUCUACUCCGCGCUCACGCCCUUCCUCAACCCCUUCAUCUACAGCUUUCGCAACAAGGAUAUUAAGGAGGCCAUGAGGAGGCAGUUAACGAGCUCAGGGAUAUGGGAUGAAGGUGGGGAGGGCAGGCCAAGUGGGAGGCCGAUGUAUGGUGACUCUGGGUGUCGUCAGUCACUACAGCUGAGAAAUCAAGCAUCGAGUGCUUUUCUGCACGGGACGCAGAGCUGGGCCAAGAGCUGCCUGGUUCUCAGUGCCGACACAAACACCAUACUGUGCUGGAGCCACACACGCAGCUAG